CUUUUGCUGCAGCACGGCUGUCUGCCCAAAGGCUGCUCUGCUGGGAGAACAGCACAGCACAUCAGAAUUUCGUCUCCUUGUUUGGUCCGCUUGUCACCUCCAAAAUUUCCCAUCCUUCUCCUUCACUUUACUUUCUCUCUUUUUUUCCCUACCCCCCGUUUCUAGCCUCAUCAUUGCUACUCUUCUCUCGAUCGCCUUUUAUCGUGCGUGAGAGUAGGUCCCGUGUUGAUAAACCCGAGGCCGCCUUCUAUUCUUCGUAUUCACUCGUUGCGACGCUCAUUGACACGCGUCUCCUGGUAUUUCCAAACACGCACUUUCCUACGAGCCUUUUCAACUCGACCGUUCUUGAUAAUUCAAUAUGGCUUCUCCCGGCAGCGAAUCUCCGGCGUUGGCCCCUUCUGCCUCGCCUGCUAAUGUUCCAUCUCAGCCACCUCCCCCGGCUGAUAACAGAAACAUUGUCCGAAGAAAGCUUACUGGCUAUGUUGGUUUUGCCAACCUACCCAACCAAUGGCACCGAAAGAGUGUUCGCAAGGGAUUCAACUUCAACGUGAUGGUUGUUGGUGAGUCUGGCUUGGGCAAGUCUACUCUGGUCAACACUCUGUUCAACACCUCCCUGUACCCCCCCAAGGAGCGCAAGGGACCCAGCCUCGACAUUAUUCCCAAGACUGUUACUAUCCAGUCCAUCAGUGCCGACAUUGAGGAGGCAGGUGUUCGUCUCCGCCUGACCGUUGUCGAUACACCAGGUUUCGGAGAUUUCGUCAACAACGACGAGUCCUGGCGCCCUAUUGUCGACAACAUCGAGCAGCGAUUCGACUCUUACUUGGAUGCUGAGAACAAGGUUAACCGCAUGAACAUUGUUGACAACCGUAUUCACGCAUGUGUCUUCUUUAUCCAGCCCACCGGCCACUCCCUGAAGCCUCUUGACAUUGAGGUCAUGCGCCGACUCCAUACCAAGGUCAAUCUGAUCCCCGUCAUCGCCAAGGCUGAUACCCUUACCGACGAGGAGAUUGCCGCCUUUAAGUCACGAAUUCUCGCCGAUAUCAAGCACCAUGGCAUCCAGAUCUUUGAGGGGCCCCGAUACGAGCUUGAUGAUGAGGAGACGAUCGCUGAGAACAACGAGAUUAUGUCCAAGGUUCCCUUCGCCGUUGUUGGUGCCAACAACGAGAUCACAAGCGCCGAUGGUCGCAAGAUUCGCGGUCGUGCCUACCCUUGGGGCAUCAUCGAGGUCGAUAACGAGGAGCACUGCGAUUUUGUCAAGCUUCGACAAAUGCUCAUCCGAACACACAUGGAGGAGCUCAAGGAGCACACCAACAAUCAACUCUACGAGAACUACCGUACCGACAAGCUGCUCGCCAUGGGCGUGUCGCAAGACCCCAGUGUUUUCAAGGAGGUCAACCCUGCUGUCAAGCAGGAGGAGGAGCGUGCCCUGCACGAGCAGAAGCUAGCCAAGAUGGAGGCCGAGAUGAAGAUGGUCUUCCAACAGAAGGUAGCAGAGAAGGAGAGCAAGCUCAAGCAAUCCGAAGAGGAACUGUACGCCCGCCACAAGGAGAUGAAGGAGCAACUCGACCGCCAACGACUGGAGCUCGAGGACAAGAAGCAGCGCGUCGAGAGCGGACGGCCACUAGAGAAGGAAGGCAAGCGAAAGGGUUUCUCUCUUCGCUAAACUUCCAGCCUCUUCACGAUUUGCGGAUUCUUUCACUCCUUCGUUAUCCAUGUCUGAGUACCCAUGAUGCCCAUACAAUACCAGCUCGACGCCCCUCGUUGUAUUCGAUUCUCGUUUCUUUGUCGCCUCUUUCUCUCACCUUUUUUAAUUAAGAAACAAAACAUUGUCUCCUAAUCACAUCACAUCACAUAUGCCACAUGGAAUGAUUGUCGUACGGAGACGGAACAAAAGUCAUUUAUGAAGAAUAGUCAUGCAAGACGGGAGAUGCAGACUAUAUGGCUUUGCAGGAGUCUCGGUAUGACUUCAAGUUGCAGGCAAGCGUUUUUCUCUGACCAUGCUUUGAGUCAAACCAAACCUGAGAACCUGUUGGUCUCACCUCUAAUCUUUCACAUGAGAAUACCUUUUGGAGAGAAGAACAGCAGGGAAACUGGCGAAAGGCGUUUCAAUCUGCGCGCUUAUCGCUAGGAGAGACGUUAUAGAUGCUAAUAUGUUUUAUGCAUCUGGUUCGCCAUAUUUUUUAGGGCGACAUGCUGGCUCCUUGUGCUUUGCCUACACUACCUUGUUGCUCUGCUCACAUACUCUGCCUUCGGAUACCCCUUUCUUUCCCCUUGGGCUUAAUGGUGCCUUGGUCAUAGAUGAUAUUAGACAGGAUCAGAUGGGUGAUGCCAAGGAGGUUGUCGAGCAGCAGCUUGUUGUAUUUUAGUUGUACGUUUGUUGAGACAAGGAUGGUCAUUUAUGUCUCGAUAGAUGAUAUUCCCUAGAUGGUGAUGCGUCGUCUCUUUGGUUUGUUUCUUAGCUGGCUUGUUCUUGGUUUCCUUAACAUUGUUUUAUUUGUCUAGCUUUCUUGUUCCAACACCUUUGUCUGUGACGUUGACAUGUGAAAAUCAUCACGUAGCAAGACAUGUAGCAAAUUUGUACUACCUUGUCGAAUGUGGCUUUCCAAUAGCCG